AUGAGUAUAUUGUCUUGGAAUUGCCAUGGGCUUGGGAACCCAUGGGCUAUUCAAUUCUUGAAGGAUUUAGUUAUCCAAAAGCAGCCCAAAGUUGUCUUCCUUUGUGAGACUUUGUCAAGAACUAAGGUGUUGGAAAGAUUGCGUGUGUCGCUGGGUUUUGGGGGGUUUUUUUCAGUUGAUGUUAGAGGGAAAAGUGGUGGUGUAGCUUUGUUGUGGCGUGAUAGUGAUGAUAUUAAAGUACUUGGUUAUGGGGUGAACUAUAUUGAUGUUGAAGUUAGUGAGAAUGAUGGGAAUCGUUGGCGUCUUACUGGGCUCUUUGGUGAGCCAAACCGAAGUCUUCGAAGGAACACCUGGGAUCAAAUUCAAACUCUUAAGGAUAUGUAUGCAUUGCCAUGGUGCAUUAUUGGUGAUCUCAAUAAUGUAACCUCUGAAUCGGCCAAGAGGGGUGGUAAUCCAUACCCUAAUUGUCUUGUUGAUGGCUUUGGUAAUAUGUUGGAAGAGUGUAAUUCGGUUGAUAUGGACUUGUGUGGAUAUCCUUAUACUUGGGAGAAGGGUCGGGGGGAGCCUGCUUGUUUGCAAAUAGUGAAAGACACCUGGGAGCUUCUUUCGGGUUGCUCUAUUAUGGAGAAGAUUAGCUAUUGUGGUGAUAAGUUGCUGGUGUGGGGAAAGGACUAUGUAGGGAAUUUUAAAGACCGAAUACAAGCUUGCAAAACUAAAAUUCGAAAAUGGAAGAAAGGCAGAGAUGAGGCUUCUGUUCUAAACUACAAAAAUGCUGAGGCACGGUUCCAAGAGGUGCUGAUUAAAAAAGAAAUUUUUUGGCGUCAGCGAUCGAAACAAUUGUGGUUAAAGGAGGGAGAUCAGAACUCUAAGUACUUUCAUGCUAUGGCCACUUCAAGAAGAAGAAACAAUUCAAUUCAGCGGCUGAAAAACGAUCAGGGGAUGUGGAUCGAUUGGGAUAACAAUUUGUCAGGCCUCAUGGUUGAUUAUUUCAGCAAGCUUUUUUCAUCUUCUCCAUUGGAGAUUCGGGAGGUAACUGAUGCUAUUCCUAAUGUUGUUUCCGAUAUGCAAAAUGCUUUACUACUGGAACCAAUUACUUAUGAUGAAGUUCGAAGAGCCCUUUUCCAAAUGCAUCCAGACAAAUCGCCUGGUCCGGAUGGCAUGACUCCGGGUUUCUUUCAGAAAUACUGGAGUGUGGUGGGUGGUGAUGUUGUUUCUCAAGUCAGGAUGUUCUUUGAUACAGGUUAUUUUUCUCCUUUGCUUAAUGAAACUUGUAUUGUGCUUAUUCUUAAGAAGAAACAACCAGAGUCCAUGAUGGACCUUCGUCCAAUAUCGUUGUGUAAUGUUGUCUAUAAAGUCAUCUCAAAAGUGCUUGCCAAUAGAAUGAAGAGUGUCUUGCCUUGUGUUAUCUCUGAAACCCAGAGUGCUUUUAUACAAGGUAGAUUCAUUUCCGAUAAUAUUAUGAUUUCUUUUGAGAUAAUGCAUUACCUGAAGUGA